CACACAGCCAGCAACUGCUAACAGCCAACGAGCUGUCGCUCGCACCGGAUAUCGUUUUGUAGACGCCAUGUAGUUGUUGGAUAAACGAGCGGUCGAAUGGUUGUGUGAGCGAACGAACGACAAAAAACGACAAUGAACGAUUGCAAAUAAACAAAAACAUGUAGAAUCGCCAAAUAAUUCUAUUACAGUAUAAAAAAUAAAAAUGAAAGUGCUAAAAGACACAAAAGAGAUAAUUAGGAAAAGACAUUGAAGAACUUUUGAAGAGUUAACAGUUUCAAAAAGAUAAAAGAAAUUCAAUAAAAAGCGAAUUCAGCGCAAAAAAGACGCACCAGUCCAACUAGCAAAAAAAAGAACGCACAAAUUUGCAAAAGAAUCCCACGUACAUCCACACAUCCUUCGCCGCCCACAAGUUCCCACUCCCAAAUUGCAUUUAACACACACGUACAUAUCUUACAACUAAAUAAAACACAAUGAUCAAAUUGAAAUCGUUGUUCCGCAGAGGGCAAGGACCCUCGGGCUCCUCCAAGCAUUCCUCCUCCAACAGUCGUCACAAAUCGCAGUCCACUACCUCGCUGAACACGGUGGGCAGCAGCAGUCAGCAGGAACCAGCCGCAGCAGCUACAUUUUAUCCGCCCAUCGAUCCGGUCACAGAGCGUGGCGUCGACGUAGGCGACGGUGAUUUGAGUAUUGCGGCACCGUUAGCAGCGCGCACGCGCUGUCGCACACCGGAAGUGUUACGCAACACCAACAACAACAGCAACGCGCCGCAACCGAGCGCCAAUACUUUGCCGCACAAGAAGCCAAAGGUCGCCGGCGUCGGCAAGAAGGGACAGAAACAGCCAAAGCAAUUGCCGACGCAAGCGCAAGCGACAGCGCAGCCACCAACGCCGCCGGCACGCGCCGAAGUUGUAGUCGCCGCCGCACCAGUUGGCAAUGUAAUGACGACUAUAGCCGCCGCGCCGGGAAGUCACAAUUCCGCGGUUAAUACACAAGCUGCAGCAGCAGCAGCCGCCGCCGCCGCAGCCGCGGCAGCAACCAAUAAUAAUUACACCGUUGAACAAGCGGCGUUGCCGACGCCAGCUGAAGCGAGCAUUGAUUUAUACAAGUUGAAUGCGGCCAAUUAUCAGCAAUUCAUUAACAACGAGCAACUAUUGCAACAGCAACAACAACAGCAGCAACAAUUGUUAGAGGCUAACAACAAAAUGCAGGAUCUGCAAGCGCAGCUGGAGCGUUUGGGUCACGAGAAAUCAUUGAUGGAAGCGCGCAUUGCCGAGUUGCUGCCGUAUCAAUCCGAAGUGGGUAAAUUGAAGGCCGAGCUGCUCAAGAUGCAGACCCAGCACGAGAAAAGUCAAUUGGAGGUGACAAAUCUCAAGUACGAGAAUGAAACGUUGCGCAAUCGUUUGCGUGAUGUCGUCAACUCGCCGUUGUCGGAUGCCGAGAAACACCAAAUCAUACAAGACUCGCAGCGUUUGCAUAGCUCGGCGCCGGCUUCGAUUGCGCUGCCAAGUACGACCGACAAUGAUGUGGGCACACCCUGUCUCACGCCCGAUUGGGACAAGCACUCUUCAUCGAGCGAAAUCUCCGUGGCCUGCCUGCAAGACAAGAUCAUACAAAUGGAGGAGACGCACUAUUCGACCAAUGAAGAGCUACAGGCUACACUACAAGAGUUAGCCGAUUUGCAGUCGCAGCUGAGUGACGCACAGGCGGAGAACGAACGUUUGGCCGAAGAGAAGGAUGUACUCUUCCAGACACUGUGUCGCCAAACUGAGAAACUCAACGACUCGCGCACGCAAAUCAACACACUACGCACCGAAAUCAGCUCCUCGGAACGCGAACGUAAGCUGCUCGACCUGAUUAAGACAUCACAGGAAGAACGCGAAUCGAUACUCGUCAAGCAGGAGGAGCUCAAUGGCGAAAUGCAGGAGUUGCGUCAACAGCUGGAGGCCGCCUUGGCCGAUUGUAAUCGCACGCGCGAACGCAAUGCGCUGUUGGAUUCCACGGUGGAUGCAGCGAAUGCUGAACGCAAACAAAUGGAAGCCCAGCUGAUGCAGGCCAAAGAAGAGAUCUCACAGCGCAGCAUCGAGAUAAAUCGGCUGAGUACGUUGCUCGAGAAUGCACGCUCCAAAAUCGAAGAGCUGGAGCAGGAUUUGGCGCGAGGUGAAAAAACCGAUCUUACCGAUUUAUUGGAUGCGGCGCGCAAGGAGAAGGAUACGCUGGAGGAGCGCGUGGCCGAGUUGCAGGAUCAGUAUUCGCGCAGUCAGGCGGAAAUUCGACGCCUCAAGGAGCAGCUGUCCGGCGUGACUGAGGAGUGCAAGGUCGCAAAGAAUAAUGCCAAGUGUGCCGUCUCGGAUCUGGAAUAUCGGCUGGAGCAAUUGCAGCAAGAGAAGGACAAGUUGAGCGGGGAGCAUCAGCAACUAGUCGAUAGCACCAACGAAUUACAGGUGCAAUGUAAAUGUCACUUGGAGGACAAACAACAGUUACAAAACUUACUCAGCGAGACGCAGAAGCAUUUGGGCGAUGUGGAGGCCAAACUAAAUGCGACCGAGAAGCAGCUCGAAGAUGAAGUGAAACUGCGCAAACAGGAGGCCGAGGAAUGGCAACAGUUCCAGUCGGACUUGCUAAUGACGGUGCGUGUGGCCAAUGAUUUUAAGACUGAAGCGUUGAGUGCGCGCGAACAGCUGGUACUCGAUAACAAAACGCAAAAGGAGAAGAUACGACUGCUGGAACAGCAAAUCGAGAAGCUGACAAAAACACAAAUGCAACAGAAUGAAACACAGCAAUCGGUGCUGACCACUGUCCAACAGGAAAUGGCUUCGCGACGCAGUAAAAUCGGCAACAGUCUGAAUAGACAGGAUUCGCGGCUGUCGGUGAAGACGCUCAUCGAAAGUAUUGAGAACAAUAAGCCCAAAGUUGAGGAAACUGAGUCACAUUACAGUUCCACAUCUAGCUUGAACAGCGGCACUCCGGAGAUAACAAGCAAUCUACUGCCACCGGUCGUCGGCAAUAAUGCAACGAAUAACGACUGGACUGAGAAUGUGCGUCUACAGAGCACAACAACAAUCAACAGCAGUAGCAUGAACAACAUUACAAAUAGUAAUACCGUUAGUAGUAGUAUACCUGCCAAAGGACCGCUGCGCGAACAACAACAGCAACAACAAACGCCAACAGCAACAACACAAACCAGCUUAGUCUCGAAUCUGCAUCACUUUACUGGACUAAAUAAUGUGUUGAGCAAAUCGCUGUUAAGUGGCGAACGUAAGGACCCACUGAAUAUGCUGGCGAAAAACGGCGGCUCAAAACGCAAUGCGCUGCUGAAAUGGUGUCAAAACAAAACUGUCGGCUAUCGCAAUAUUGACAUAACGAAUUUCAGCUCGUCCUGGAAUGACGGUUUAGCGCUUUGUGCAAUACUACAUUCCUAUCUGCCGGAUCGCAUACCCUACGACACGCUGAAUCCGACAAAUAAGCGACGCAACUUUUCGUUGGCAUUUGCGGCGGCCGAAUCGGUGGGCAUACAAACGACACUGAACAUCAACGACAUGUGCCAGCUGGAGCGGCCCGACUGGACGCAGGUCAUGUCCUACGUAACGGCAAUUUACAAACAUUUCGAGACGUAGAAGCAAGCGAAAAGCGUAAAUGCAAAUGGGGAAAAACUAAGACUUAAUCGCGGUAUACAACAAUGUAGACUUGAUAAACACAUUAUUUAGUGGCAAUGGCGUAAUACAUACACACUUUAUUAUCACACUCUUGUUCCAUAGUGUUUUUUUCGCAUUAUUAUUAUUAUUAUUAUUGUAAUUUACACAUAUUUAAUUUAUUGAAUAAAAGAAAAAUUAUUAGUAAGAAA